AACCUCUCCAAAACAAUGAUACGUCAAAAUCCCAUUCCUCAAAAUCAAAUUCAUUUCUUUUGAAGACAAACAAUCUAAGUAUUCAUUCAAACCAUUUUCUAUAAUCAUGAUAGCAAGAAUCAUCUUUUGCACUGCAGUUCUUCUAGCUACACUUUCAGUCAUUCUCAUUGCAAUAUUCUCACCAAUACCCCACGAAAAAAUAUCAAAAAGUUCUCCUUGGGUUGAUUUAUCACUUUAUAUUCAACAACCUCAAGUCUCGACUUCCAAUUUUUCCCCUAAAAAAGCUCCCACAGACGUUGGUGCCUUGAUUUUCCAUCGCCUUCUAACUGAAGGGCCAGAAAACACCUCUCGAGUAGUUGGAAAAGCGCAAGGUUUUAUCAUCCCAGUUCAAGAUUUCGCGAAUUCAGCGUUUAAUAUUAUUUAUCUUACGUUUAAUAACAAUGAAUUUAGUGGAAGUUUAAGUGUUGAAGCUAAGAGUUUGACAAAUGAUAAUAAGGAAGAGUUGACUGUUGUUGGUGGUACUGGCUAUUUUGCCUUUGCUCGUGGCCUAGCUGUUUUUGCACAAACAGAAAGGGACCAUUAUUCUGAUAAUUUGGAAGCUACUUAUCAUAUAAAGCUACAAUUGAAAUUCCCAAAUAAAUCCAAAACAAUUCCAAGAUGAAUUGCAACUUUGUUGAAGAAUCUUUUCUUGGGGUUCUUUUUAUUUAUUUAUUUAUUUAUUUGUUUUACUUUUUUCCUCUGCCUUUUGUUUAAUAUGGACAUAAUUUUUUGAAGAAAUCUUUUCUUCAUAAGAGAAAGUCGUAUAAGAUGGCAGUGUAUCAAAAAGAAGAUAGCAAUAAUACAUGAAUUGAGGCAGCUGCUUUUGCUCUGAA